UUUAUUUCCUCCGCUGAAACGAUCGUCGAUCGACCACGUCUCUUUCCUUCCUUGACUCGAUCGACAAUCAAGAUUGUUUAAAAAAAAAUUACUUUUAUUUUCAAAUUCGACUUCAUUUUGAAGGACUGACUCGAAAAGAUUGACUCUAAAUCGCGAGUGGGGCCCAAUUUCGGGGACCGGGAGUGAAACUCGCGAGUGGCGAACGGAGGAUGAAGAGGAGAAGAAGUAGCGAAGAGACCCACGUCUCCAAGUACCAGCGGAAGGAGUUUGUGCUGGUCGAGUAUGUGGCAGGGUCGCUGGAGCAGAUGACGCACAGCGUAAGGCAGCCAGUUGGUGAAGCUGCUGAUCUUGCGGGGGGAAACAUAGAGGCGAUAAAAAACGAGAGCAACGCGGAACACAUCGUCGUCCGGCAGCUUCAGCAACAUCAUCAGCAACUUGGUUAUUCAAGUGCAGAAGAAGGUGGGGACGGCGUGGGCGUGUUGGGGGCGGGUCAACCGGAAACAGAAAAUGGCGGUCUAGUUGAACCAACUGUUGUGGAACCGGUGGCAGCGCCGAUUGUUGCCUCUGUUACCGAUCACGAGGACAAUAACAAUCUCACAUCCUAUACCCUCAGACAACUUGGAUACCAUCCGGUUCAUCAGAUCAUUCAUGACAGGACCUUUCUAUCCCAGGGUUCACCAACAUACCAAGGGGUUGAUUUAAGGGAGGAGCAGUACCAGCAACAAGUCUCUCAUCAUCCCCACCAUCAACACCAGCAUCACCACCACCAACAGCCACCCGAGCACAUCGACCAACAGUACGCACAACUUGGGGCGGGAGAGGUCCCGGUUCCCGAGGGAGGGGAUAGUCGGCACCCGACGGAGGUCUCGGUCCCGUCGGAAGGGAAUCGCCUUGCCAGUCACAUGCCUCACUCCACGAUGCAUCGAUACGGUACUGAGACGCUCUCAUCGGCGAACGAUCAUCAUCAUCACCACCAUCACCACCACCUCGAACAUCAUCUCGCGAAUCACAUUGUUCGCCAGAUCGAGGAUCAACAUCAAGAUCCUGAAGACGAUGAUGACCGGGUCAGCAUUGCAGCUGCCAUAAGAGGUCCAAGAAAUGACUACUCACUUGCACACAUCUUUCCAAAUCUCGCGACAGCCGCUGCUUCCGCAGGGGCUGGAAGCAACGGUGAUCACCAUCAUUCCCAGCAUCUUGAAGAUGUGCUCCAAGACGACCCGUAUCUCCAGCACCAGAUGAGAGGAUCAAGUGCUGGUGGUACCGUGAACAGUGGUGCUGUGUCGCCACCUGUCAGGACUGGAAGUUCACCUGGGUCCAGCAGGAGUCCUCAUGAUGACCAGGGGUUGUCCCCUCAUCGACAUGUGCAGGAUGGUGGAUACAGUCCUAGUGAUCAAGGACGUCUGCAAUCGCUUACUCAUCUGACAACUAUGCAGCCUCCUCUGUCAUCAGUGCAGGGCAACCAAGGUCUUCAGGAUUCGGAAAGGGUUUCUGAACAUUUGUUUCUUGAGUAUGGAUCUCAUCCGGCAGAUACACCCCACCAUCAUCAGGAACAUGAUCAGGGACCGUCAACACCACACUCGCCAGCAGGACACUUGUCCAGUUCCUCUAUGUAUCGUACGUUGGGAGGAAUUGGUACAAUGGGAGGUUCAACUGGAACCACCAAUGCGUAUCCUCUUUCCUACAUGGCGAAUAGCCCUACAGAACUCACAGUGUCUUCUCAACAAUUAUGGUCAACACAAGGAAUUAACACCUCGCUUCCGGCCAUUACGGAAGACUAUGGCAGCAAGUCGGUGUCGACAGUGAGUCGCCAGAGUCUACCUGCAUUCUCGCAACCCUUCGGCGGUCGGUCGAGUUUCCGAAGUUACAGCCCCCCCUACCAUAUACCCGCAUCCCACCAGACAAGUACCCCCGUGGAUGUCUCAUCCUGGACUUAUUCCAAUCCCAGCGACACACUUGCGUCACAAUAUGGGACCAUCGGAACGACGUCGCGACGCCAAGCGUCCAACACAAACACCAAUCCUGUCCAACAUUCCAUCAGUGCUGCUGCAAGCCUAUCAGCGAUGCACAACAUCGAGGCGGAGUACUUUACUGAGGGCCGUGAGUGUGUGAAUUGUGGGGCAAUUUCCACCCCCUUAUGGCGACGAGACGGAACCGGCCAUUAUCUCUGCAACGCAUGCGGCCUCUAUCACAAGAUGAAUGGAAUGAAUCGACCAUUGGUCAAACAAACACGGCGCCUGUCUGCAUCGAGACGAGCAGGUCUUUCAUGUAGCAAUUGUCAAACAAGUACGACUUCGUUGUGGCGUCGCAAUCAAGUAGGGGAAUCAGUUUGCAAUGCUUGUGGACUUUAUUUCAAACUCCAUGGAGUCAAUAGGCCUUUAGCGAUGAAGAAAGAUAAUAUUCAGACUCGCAAGCGAAAACCAAAGGGUACCAUGAAGUCAUCCAACACUCCUAUCACUGGAAAUGUUGCACCCUGCAUAAACAACAACAAUACUAAUAAUAAUAACAACAACAACAACUUCAAAUUUGAUCCUGAUAAUUACAGUGAGUUGAGAAUGGCUCACACAAGUGUGGCUCAAGCCAACUAUGCAAGCUCUCUCUACAAUUCAAGUCCCCAAACUGGAAGCAGACUUGCAACAAAUCCUUAUCAAGCCAUGUCAGGCUUAUUUUACGAUAUGACUGCUUCUCAGCAACACCACCAACAGCAGCAACAACCUCAACAACACCAGUUGUUAGAAAGCCACUCUUUGAAAGUUGAGUGUCCUUCUCCACCCUGCUCUGCUCGUUCUCCAGUUUUGGUAUCAGCCGGACAUUCACCUGAACAACGUCAACUUCCCUCACCUCACAUUGUCACCCUCGAAAAUUGCACUUCCGGUCCAGUGAGAAAACGGCAAAAGCUCGAAAAUAGCCACUUGGAAAGGCCAACUGUUUUGCUUGCCGGAAGCGGCCAUUCCGUUUGAUUUUGACAAUACCGAACAAUAUGGGAAAAUAUUGUACAAAUCAACAACCGAAACCUUGCUUGAAUCUCAUAAUUAUGACCAAAACUUUCUGACCUAUCAAAAGCUAACUUUAUUGUUUUUAAAGUUUUAUAAUUUUUAUUUUCUUCAAUAUUGAGUAUUUUAUUGAAAACCUUCUUUUUUUUAUAUAUUAGAUUAAUUUUUCGUUUCAUGCCAUUAUGAAACUCAAAGAAAGUUCAAAGAUUGUAUUAGAGAUAAGUACAAUACCUUUCAAAAUGGAUAAUGAUUUUUUUCCAAAUUAACGUUUGUCAUUGUGUGCCUUUAAAAUUGGCAAUUGUUAACACACUUUUGCACGCAAGAGUCUUUGUAUAUAAAAACAAUAUGUAUCUUCAAUAGUGUAAAUAAUACUUGAGUGAAAAAAAAUUCGCGAGGGUCAAGAGGCCAAUUAACUGUGUAUUAGUCUCCUGUAAAUAGACUAUUGUAUUAGCGUAAUUUCAGAGACUCAACGAUUCUCCUGUUAUUAUUUUUAAUAUUUUCUAUAUUACAUCGGUCUUUCUCUGCGAAUGUGUAAAAGGGAGUUUCGAGAUUUUUCCGAAUUUGAAAAAAAGAGAAACUUUUGGAACUAGUUUUAUAUCCACCGAGAGAUGAUAAAUUGAUUUCCAACUGACUGGAAUUUUUCACACUCGCAUUUUUCAUCCCUAGGUUCUAAAAAAUCAGGGAAGACUGAACAUGACAUGGUCGAAUUCAGUGGAAAAGAAGUUCAGAAUUUGUUUGUAAAUAAUCUUACUAUAAGUGAAGUGGCAUUUUUAUCGUGAUUUCUUGUGUCUUCUUUUCUACCAAAGACGUUGAAGUUAUUAGAGUUAGUACUACUGAAGUCAAAACUGCACGAUACCAAAUUGAAUUCGUCUCUGUCUCUGUAAAUACCACACCCUAGUUUUAAAAAAAAAACUCUUGUAAUUUUACAAGUGACUACGCUUAAGGACCAACUAGUUGUAAGUAAAAAAUAUAAAGACAAUGAUUGCAUGUCGAUGAGCGUCAAUAUUUGAUUCGUUCUAAUUCGAGAUUGUCGCGUUACGCGAGUGUCGAGCAGACAAAAAAUAUAUUUUUAGAAAACUAGAACUGUAUCAUAGGCAAGCUAGUUCGACAAUCUUUAAUAUGCUAAAUGUAUUUUCGUGUAAUAUAUUUGCAAUGUUGUACCGAGUCAGCCAUUAUUUUCAAAUAAAACGGGAUAUCUAGAAAA